AUGCGCUCUAAUUUCUUUGCUCUGGCUCUUGCCGGUGUCGGUGUCAGUUCUGUAGCCGCUAAUCCCGCGGACCUCACUGCAGACCAGGCCACAGCUCUCCUCAAGGGUGUCAUUGAUUCACUUCAAACUAACGGAGAUCUUCGAGCCACUCUGCAGCAAACUACCCCAGAGUUCACUGAGCAGAACGCUGCUUCUCCUUAUCAAAGUCUUGCCGAUAGCUUCACCAGCACACUAAAUCUCUUGCCCAACAAGAACGGCGAUGUGAACAUCGGCGGUGCCACUGCCGCACAAGCUGCUGAGAUUUGUGCUUUGGUUCCUAAGUUCGUGGCUGCCGGCACUCAUGCAGCCGACACACUUGGCAACCUACCAGGAUUUGAAGACAGUUCUAGCGAUGCACGGACGUCAGCAAUUAACCUUGGCCUGGCAUUGGAUGGCUUAGGAUGGCAGUUGAACAUGUUUCACUGGGGCUUUAUUAAUUCCGGUGCGGCCGCUACUUGUGACCAGGCUACUCAAAAUGCCUUUUACACUGUUCCUAACUUGCUCAUGGAUGCCGGCGAUGCUAUCUUGUACUAG